CGCCCAUCCGGCUACAUGUCCGACACAGGCAGUCAAGGCCAAGCUUCAGGUAGCCGCAAUAUCUCGAGCAACAUCAAACCCGUAUCGCCCUCGCUUGACGUCAACCGGGCGACUGUCAACACUAGCAAGGGAUCCGUGGACGACAACGGUGGGCCCAAGGAUGCAACCCCACUGCUUGAAACGAAAUUGGACCUUGAGGCAGAGAUCACCUAA